CUUUUUUCUGCAGAGGAAACUUCCUGGAACCACUUAUAUACACACGCAACACUACAUUCUUAAUAAUUACCAUUAUUAAAAGCUUUAACUUUUAAGCCCAUAGAUUUCUUCGCUCACAGAGAGAGACCAACUUUGACACAUCCUACGAUUCUUCCUGGUACCCAGAAAAAAAAAAACCACUAAUGUGACUGAAGUUGACUUGCUCUCUUAGUAAAAGAAUUACUGUAGGAUUUUGAGGUAAUGGGUGGGAUUACUUCGAAGCGGGCAAGUGCUAGACAGGCUUCAUCAAUAGGAUCUAAUUCAUACUCAUGGAGUCAUCAGAAUCAUCCACAGCCACCAUACGCACAACCAAGCCAAGAGUAUUGGCAACAGCAGCAGUUUGCACCUCCACCUCCAACGUAUGGGGGUGGUCAGGCCCCUGAGCCAAGAAGGCGGUUAGAGAGGAAGUAUUCAAAGAUAGAUGAUAAUUAUAUUAGCCUGGAGCAGGUCACUGAGGCAUUGAAACGUGCUGGUCUAGAGUCUUCCAAUCUUAUUGUUGGUAUUGACUUCACAAAGAGCAAUGAGUGGACAGGUUCAAGGUCAUUUAACAGGAGAAGCUUGCAUCAUGUUGGAGAUGAACAAAAUCCUUAUGAGCAGGCAAUAUCUAUUAUUGGAAAAACAUUGUCUUCCUUUGAUGAGGAUAACUUGAUUCCCUGUUUUGGAUUUGGAGAUGCAUCAACACAUGAUCAAGAAGUUUUCAGUUUCUAUCCAGACGAGAGAUUUUGUGAUGGAUUUGAAGAAGUAUUGGCACGAUAUAGAGAAUUGGUCCCUGUUCUACGACUUGCAGGGCCAACAUCAUUUGCUCCUGUCAUUGAAAUGGCCAUCACUAUUGUUGAGCAAAGUGGUGGCCAGUAUCAUGUGUUAUUGAUAAUUGCUGAUGGACAGGUGACAAGAAGUGUUGAUACCGAGCGUGGUGAUCUAAGCCCACAAGAAAAGAAAACUGUUGAUGCAAUUGUGAAAGCAAGUGAGUACCCUUUGUCAAUUGUUUUAGUUGGUGUUGGAGAUGGGCCAUGGGACAUGAUGAGAGAAUUUGAUGAUAACAUCCCUGCUCGUGCCUUUGAUAACUUCCAGUUUGUGAAUUUUACAGAAAUAAUGUCAAAGAAUAUGGAUCGUUCCAGAAAAGAAGCAGAAUUUGCUCUAGCUGCACUGAUGGAAAUACCAUCCCAGUACAAAGCAACACUAGAGCUUAAUAUAUUGGGUGCCAGUAGGGGGAAUGCUAUAGACAGGGUUCCUCUUCCCCCACCCAUGUAUGGUACAGCUCCCUUCAACACCAGAAAGCCUUCACAGUCAAGCAGUUUUCAUUCAAGUGCACGUUCUUCUGGUGUAAAUGAAACUGUUGGUGUCUCAGCUCCUCCAAGUUAUGCUUCUGAUAAUCACGUUUGUCCCAUUUGCCUUAUCAAUCCAAAAGACAUGGCCUUUGGUUGUGGACAUCAGACAUGUUGUGACUGCGGAGAAGAUCUUGAGUUAUGCCCCAUUUGCCGGAGCACCAUCCAGACCAGAAUAAGGCUCUAUUAACUGGGAGCUAAAGUUGAGGUUGGCCUCAACUUUAGCUUCCAGACUUUUCUGGUCUCUUUGCUGUUUGAGAGUUGGUGGUGGAUUUAAUCGGAUGCAAUGUCAGAUCUCGUAAAAUUAGAGGCAAGGGGUUACUCAUCAGAUCUUGUGCCUUGUAUAUUUUGUGUUCUUAUUAAUUCAUAAGAAUUUUUUGUGUCCUUUUAAUUCCUAAGGUUCAUUUCAAACAUUUAUAGGACCUGGUUAUAGUUAAUCAAAAUUGCCGCACUUAGGUGCUCUACCAUGGUUUGAGUUUAAUCUUGUUGUCAUUGUAGUAAAUUUUUUCAUCACUUUGUUCCAAAUUUAGUUUACUGUAUAAAAAUAAUUUUCUUUCUCAGUCA